CACUGUAGUACAUUUGCACAUACAAACACGGGAUGUAGGUAGUCUUUUGGAAAUGCCCCGGAGAGGACGUUGUCUAUCACGGUAUAUAUACAUACAUUUUAAGUAGGGACCUUGUCCUCCGACAGUUAAAACGUCCCCAGAUACUGUAAUCUACUACACAAAACCCUAACCCUGGCUAAAUACGCCGCCCGCCAGUACAUCCAACAUUCUGCCGCGCAGUAAUUUCCACUUUUUACCACAACGCAACCCGGCCCUUACCUUUCUACCGUAACCGACCUUCAACAAUCACCAAAACAUCGUCGCAGCCGCAUUCAAUCGAUAUAUCAGUAUAGCUUCAGUUCUUCAUCAUCUAUAUCGUCGCGUAGGACUAACUAGCGAUAGAAAUAGCCGCCCUUGAUGAUCUGAGUGAUCUAAGCGACUUUGGCGAUCUUAGGGAUACGCCCGAUGAAAAUACGCCGCCGGUAUUUUUGGCCCGUAUUUGGAAGUAUGUUGACGUUGGCAACGGCGGCGAGGUGCAAUUGGGAUACAACUGCGUUGCCAGCACUUAGAGCGGGGCAGCUAGCAAAUGCGGUAAUUUUGGCUGUAAAAUGUGGUAUUUGCGCCUAUAUACCUACAGUAUUUGGGGACGUUUUAACAGUCGGAGAAGACGCUCUCUUUAGGUAUGCCGAGAGGAAUGGAAGUGGGUGCUCAGCGCAAGAAGGAAGACGUGACUUUUCGGGAGAUUCGCGGGCUUGAAAGCUCCGCAUUCGGGAACCAGGAGCAAAAGGCCUGGCUCGUUAACGGGCCGCAGCAGUUGACGUUGCAUGAGAAUCAAUUGUCUUGCAGGAGGCUUGGCUUUGCUUUGUGCGAGCUGCUGCCUUUGCUCCUCAAGCGAAGGUAGGUAAAGGUUGUGUGACGGCCUCACUGAACGGCAGACGCGGCGCAGAGAC